GAGAAUUCAGGGGAAUUACUCUCAAAACCAUACAUGUAGCCGCCUAGUGUCACAAUCACAAGGUGGAAGUUACACCACUGCCCACCUUCCUCUUUCCCUUUCUCUAAACACCUCCAUUUUCCCUUAAUUACCUGCUCCGAAUCCCCAACAAAAUUCACUCCUUUUUAUUUUUAUUUUUAUUUUUUUCUCUCUUUCUUCUCUCCAUGACCCCAUGAAGUCAUCAGCCUCCCUCUGUGAAGAUAGGGAGAGAUGCCUCAUCACCAACAUGGGAAGAUUCACUCCCUUGUUGUUUGGUUGUACCAGUGUCACCUUCAUUUUCAGCAUCUUCAUCCUCUUCUCUCCUCUCCCCCUUGCCCCCACAAUUCCCAAACAACUUCAUCAGGACGAUGAUCACACCACUCCCCUCAUCAAACCCCAUCAAAGUGAUGAGAGGUGUGACUUGUUCAAGGGUCAUUGGGUUCCGGACGAGAAAGGCUCUCCCUACACCAAUUGGAGCUGCACCACCAUACCAGACUCCAAGAACUGUUUCAAACACGGGCGGAAGGACACCGACUUUGUGAACUGGAGAUGGAAACCACAAGGCUGCCACCUUCCCAGGUUUGAUCCCGCCACCUUUUUCAGACUCUUUCAAGGCAAGAAACUCGCUUUCGUUGGUGACUCCGUCUCUCGCAACCACAUGGAAUCCCUCCUUUGUCUCUUGUCUCAGGAAGAAGUUCCAAGGGAUAUAUACAAGGACUCAGAAGACCGGUUUCGAACAUGGUACUUUCCUAGACAUGAUUUCACCCUGAUGAUCCUCUGGAGCAAGUUCCUGGUUGAAGGUGAGGAGAGGAUGAGCAAUGGGACGGCCUCUGGUGUUUAUGAUUUGUAUCUUGACAAAAUAGAUAACAGCUGGGCACAAAAGGUUCCGGAAAUUGACUUUGCUAUCAUCUCCAAUGCACACUGGUUCUUCCGACCAAUGUACCUGCACAAAGGUGGCAAAGUGAUGGGAUGUGUAUACUGCAAUGAAGAAGGUGUCGAGGAAGUUGGUGUCGGGUUUGCUCUUAGAAUGGCCUUUAGAGCAGCAUUCGAGUACAUCAAUGGUUGUGAGAAGUGCAAGGGUAUGGUGACAUUGUUGAGGACAUUCUCACCAGCCCAUUUUGAGAAUGGUUCUUGGAACACUGGAGGAGGCUGCUCAAGGACUAGUCCUCUGGGUAAAGGAGAGGUUGACUUAGCAAGUUUCGAGAGGCAACUUGGGAACAUACAAGUAGAAGAAAUGGAAAGAGCAAAAAGGGGAGGAGACAUUCGGGUGGUUAAGUUUGGAGCUUUGGAUGUGACUACAGCCAUGCUAAUGAGACCUGAUGGUCACCCUGGAGCUCACUGGGGUAACAAAUGGAUGAAGGGCUACAAUGACUGUGUCCAUUGGUGCUUGCCCGGGCCGAUCGACGCCUGGAAUGAUAUUUUGUUGGCAGUUCUUGUAAGAGAGGCUGGUUGAUUCUAGGUGAAGGGUCUGCGAUAUGUGUAUGAUUCUUUUUAAAGAAUAAGAUAGCAUAUACAAUACAGGUGCGAAUAAGUAAUAACAUAGAGAUGUGGUCAUUUUUUGAGUUAAUGGUUGGUUCAACCAAAUCAGCAUGCAAUGCAACCAAUGGAGCAAUAAAAUAUUUGAAAGGGAUGCUUCGUUUUGUCC